AUGGUCUAUAUCGCACAGCCGCAGGCGCCAUUGCCGCUAUCCCAAGGCUUCUCCAAGGAUCUACCUUGUGACGGUGCUGUCUACUACGGUAAGGAGAACUGGCCGCGUUCCCAAAAGCAGCCCGGCGCCGUCCCAUCAACACUGAAGCAAGCGGAGCCAGUCGCGCCCUUCGCCGUUGCUUUCCCCACAACAUCGGACUCGGACGCAGAGGUGGAAGCUGCUACCGCGGUCGCCUCUGCCAAGCCUAGCAAUGACGAUGCCGAUCUCAAGUCUUCCUCCUCGGUCAGCGACUGGUGCGCACAGAUGGUGUGCUACAUCUGGUUCAGCGGCAUCGACAACCACGAACCCACCUAUUCGCUUUCAACCGCCUCUAGCCCCGCCUCUCGUCCAAGCCGUCUAUCCGUAUCUAGCUCGCCCAUCGCUUCCGCAUCAUCUACCGCACACAGGCGCCACUCGAAGAAGUUGAGCCUCGGCAGCCUCUCUGAGGCCGUCUCGUUUUCGGUACGUGACCUUCACAACGCCGUCGAAGCUCAUGCACGCUCUGCUGUCGAUUCCACCCGCUCACGGCCGAGCGCGAGCGAACGCUCCAACGACCCUCGUGUGCUCCGCCUCUUUCCUCGACGCCGUUUCACCGACUUUGUCCGUAACAUGCUCAACACGACGCAGGUCUCCAAGUCGGUCAUCAUCCUCGCACUCCUAUACAUCCACAGGUUAAAGUCCAAGAACCCAGGCCUCCGGGGCCAGGACGGCAGCGAAUUUCGCCUGUUUGUCACCGCCCUCAUGCUUGCCAACAAGUUCCUCGACGACCACACCUAUACCAAUAAGACCUGGUCCGAGCUAUCUGGCCUCAAGCUCAAGGACGUCACAAAGAUGGAAAUCGAGUUCUGGCUUGGCCUCUCUUCCAACAUCCACGCUUCCGACGUCGACUUCCGCAGCUGGAUCGGCACCCUUGAGAUUCUCGCCGAACGUCGUCAGCUCGCUCUCGGCGCCCACGAAGCCGAAAAGGUGCGCCAGGCUGCUCUCCGCCAGCAAGGAUUUGCCCAACAACACCAACAGCAGCAGCUGCUAUGCGACUCGGCAAGGCAGCCAGCACUUCUCUCCCCCGUCCAGGCACCUGGUCUCGGCUCGAUGUACGACGCACCUCGCCGCAUCGCUCACAACUCUCGUGUCACUCAACCGCGAUCUUGGUCGCCAGACCACCUCGCCGUCGACACUCGACCUCGCUCCUCGUCGGCCGCUACGGCCACGAGCCACCUAAGCCACGUCUACGCCUCUGCUCCCGCGCCAGCCCCUGCGUCCCGCUUCGACUUUGAUGCCAGUGUGCAAGCAAUGAUGAACAGCGCCGGCUACCCGACGCCUGCUGCAUCCUCUGCUGACUCGAGGUUGCCCGCCGCCCUCUUCCCAACCACCGCAGCGCAGUCCGAACUCAGCACCGGCAGCAAGCGGAGCUACGCACAGACGAGCCCACUCGGCGUACCCCAGUGCUACUAUUCGGCCACGCCUUCGCCCGAGCGCAGCGCCAAGCGACGCCACAUGGGCAGCGAAGACCGAGCGCUGCAGGCGUUCACGUCGGGCCCACGCAACUACGGUCUCAGUCCCCCCUUUGCUCAGCCGUGCCCGCGAAGCGUGUUCGAGCCGCUUGUCUCGACGCCAAACACGUUGCUGGCACCCUAUGUCAUGCAACAGCAGCACGCAGGUUCGGGUGGGAUGAUGGCAAAGAACCACGCCUUGGCUUACUGGCAGCUGGCUGCCGGCUACGACCGUGGUAUCUUGGGCGUUCACAUGCCUUGCGCAUCCGACUACUUCCACUGGCAGCCAACGCAGCCAACGCAGCCCACCAAUGACGAGCAAGGGCAGAUGGACAAUGUCGAGAUCGGCAAGCCUCUGUCCGCUACGAUGCCAUUCCCCACACCACCCAUCGAUGCAUUCUCCCCCUUCCACCACCAGCACCACGCACACGGCUACAAGCCGAACCCCAUGCACGGCGGUCACCACUAUGCAAACGCAACCGCCCCUCACGCAGCGCCUUUCAACAACGCAGAAGCACACUACGUCGACCCUCUCUUCAUUCGCUACUAG